AACCUUUCACCACACUCUUCACUCACACCAAAAACAUACAAUACAGUUACCAAAAUGGCAAACAAGCUCUUCCUCGUCUGCGCAACCCUCGCUCUUUGCUUCCUCCUCACCAACGCUUCCAUCUACCGCACCGUUGUCGAGUUCGACGACGAUGAAGCCAGCAACCCCAUAGGCCCAAGACAGAAAUGUCAAAAGGAGUUUCAAGCUUCACAACACCUAAGAGCUUGUCAGCAAUUAAUGCGUCAGCAAAUGAGGCAAGGCCGUGGUGAUGACGACGAAGAUGACAUCGAGAACCCACAGAGAUCUGAGGUACUCGAGCAGUGUUGCAACGAGCUUCGUCAAGAAGACACAGUUUGCGUUUGCCCUACCUUGAAAAGAGCCGCCAGGUCUGUUAGCAUCCAGGGACAGCAGAUGAGACCACUCCAAGUCAGGAAAGCUUACCAAACAGCUAAACACUUGCCUAACGUUUGCAACAUCCCACAAGUUGAUGUUUGCCCAUUCAAGAUCCCUUUCGUCCCUUCUUACUACUAAACCACUCGAGCGUAUGAGUGUGGUUAACACCACCACAUCAUCGUGUGUGUUUUUAUGAAAAUGUAAACAUUAAGUUGUUUUGAGGCUAAUGUUAUUAGCACGUACUACUACAUAAUAAACGAGAGGUUUCUAUAA